GACAGUUUUUCGGUUCCGACGCUGUGUUCCGGGCCGGGCGGGGGUUUACCGGGCCGAGCUGCGCGAUGCGGAGGCUGCAGGUGGUGCUGGGCCACCUGAAAGGCCGGCCUGAUGCGGACGGGACGCCCGCGCUGCAGGCCGCGCCGUGCUGGAGCGUCGCUCGCAGCGCGUCGCCCGAGGACGUGGUCGUGGUGCACGGGCGGCGCACGGCCAUUGGCCGAGGGGGCCGCGGUGCCUUCAAGGACACCACCCCCGACGAGCUGCUCUCGGCCGUCUUGACUGCGGUUCUCCAGGACUUGAAGCUGAGCCCGACCCAACUGGGAGACAUCUGCGUGGGUGAGCACGCCGCCCGGGCCCUGGGCUCGGCCCCCUCGCGCUCCCACCUCGCCACCCUCCAGGCACCGGCCUGGUGUUGUCACUGAGGGGGACGUCGGGGGACUGCACACAGAUGCAUUUGUCUUUUUAGGACUAGGCUCCGCCCCCGCCUCCAGGCACUUUCUGCCCUCCUCCAAGCACAUUCGGCAUGUUAAGUUUGGUAGAAAGCAGGGCUUUCCAGUGACAGACAUUCUCUAACGCCAAGACACUUGGCACAGGUUUGAGGACACCCUAGGAGACCUGAAACUGUGGGGUUUUCUACCGAUCCCGACA